AUGGCUAAUUUUAACGUUUGCUACGAGUGUCUUGACGAGCGUGACGAUUACCAUAACAUCCUCAAGCAGAAACGAAAAGAAGCGAUACAAAAUCACGUGUUCAACCCUUUCCGAGGGUUUGAAGAUAACGACCAAGAUGAUAAGGAGGUAGAUGAACUUAUGAAGGAGUUGAUGAGCAAGUUUGCAGAGGAUGAAUGUUCGGAGCUGGUUUCAACGACUGGUUACAAGUCUAGACGAAACGAUCGUGAUAAGUUAAAAGCUCACGCUAUACUUGAAAAGUUAAAUUGGUUGGAUAAGUGUGACCGUUCAAACAUUAAGGAGCUGAAAAUGUACCUAGGGGGAAUGGGUGGUACAGAAGCGAGUCCACUCUGGUUUUGGAGGCUCGUGAUCGUCUGA